UUUAGUAGAUAGAUGGAGAGAAAAAAUAAGCACCAGAUAAAUACAGCCCAACCAAAAGCAAAAUGAAAGCGAACCAAAAAACAAAUCAUACGAGUGGUUGGUAAAUAAAGACACCUCAAAAAACCACCACUCUCUAUAUAGAAAAAGAAUCAAGAAUAUAUAUUUCAUACGUCUCUCCACACUACAGAAAAUGGAUUCAAUUCUAUGUGAUGAACUUCUUCAAGAAAUAUUCCGCCGCCUUCCUCCGCCGUCCAACGCCGCCGUUUCUUUAGUCUGUAAGCGGUGGCUCUAUCUUCUUCGUUCAUCAACUACUUCUCUUUCUUUAAGUUUUAUUCAACCCCCUUUUACCCCUCAACUUUCCUCUUUUCUCCGUUUUCAUCCAUAUUUAUCUGCUGUUUCUGUUACCCUUACAGAAAAUACUAUAGAUUCCUCCGAUCAUAUUCUUUUUUCGGUUGCUUCUUCUUGCCGUAAUCUCAAGUACCUUAAAUUCUUGAAUGGUCCUGUUUCUCCUUUAACUCUUCUUUCUCUUUCUAAUUCUUGUCCUAAUCUUGUUUCUCUUGCUGUUACUCUUUUUAGACCACUUUCUUUUUUAUGGUUAGCCCCUUUUAAGUCUCUUAAACAACUCUCUAUUUACUCAGCUGGAAAUUUAAAUUCAAGGGAAUUGGAUUAUGUUGACUUUUAUGGUUCUUGUGAUACUUCUGAGUUGAAUUUGGAGAGUCUUUUGUUGACUGGAAUUCAAUCAGGUGAUAAGGGUGUUGGUUUUUUAUGGAGGAAUUGCAAAAAGGUGAGAACUUUGAAGUUGAAGAGUUGUGAAGGGGUUGGUGAUCAAGGUUCUUUUUUUGGAUUUAUUCAGUGUUUGGAGGGUCUUGAAAAAGUGGAAUUGAGAAGCUGUAGGACAAUUGUUGAUGGGGUUUUGUUGAAAUUGGCUGAGAGUUGUGGUAUGUUGAACUCUUUGUUGUUAUAUGAUGGUGGUAGUAAAGAGGGGUUGCUUCAUUUCUUGACCCAAAGCAAAUGUUGUAGUAAUCUUCAGAAUCUUGAUUUGAGGUUGCCACUUGAUCUUGACAACAAUCAUUUGACAGCUAUUGCUGAAAAUUUAGUGAGUUUGAGAAGUUUAAGGUUACAAAGUUGCUGUCUUGUUACUGGUGAAGGGCUAAAGAAUCUUGGGAAAAAUGCUAUGGGUGAUGGGCUUGAAGAAUUGGUUUUGAUUAAUUGUGAUGUAGUGGAAAGAGAAUCUGGUUUGUUGGCUACGGUAGGACAAGAUUUGAAAAGAUUAAGGAAAUUGGACUUGUCUUUUCAUGACAUGUUAGUUGAUAAAGAACUGAUUUCAAUGCUAGUAUCCUGCAACAAUCUGAAUGAAUUCAAAGUGAGGGGUUGCAAAAAGUUGACAAAUUUAGCCAUGGUUUCAUUGGCUAAGUGUUGCAAGAAAUUAGAAAGCGUUGAUGUAAUGAAUUGUUCUGGGAUUGAGGCACAGGCUGUUGAGUUAUUUGUGUUGAAUUCACCAAAGUUGAGACUGUUGCGGGUUGAGGAAAAUAAGGUUUCUGAUGUGGCUAGGACAUGGGCAUCAAAUAAAUACAUUGAAAUUGUUGCUUGAAAAUUGAUUUAGCUAAUAAUAGCUGAAAAAGGUAACAUUUGAUUACUUAUCUGUAUAUUUGUCACAUUGUUAGCAGAGAGGAAUGAUGUUUCCUCUGCCAAAGA